AUGAAGCUGAAGCGACAGCGGGUGUCUUCAGUGCUGCCUGAGCACCACAAGGUCUUCAAGUGGAUGCUUGAGGAUCCCGUCGUUAAGAAAUUCCUCGCCUGGGACAAAAACCUGGAAGUAUCUGACAAGUAUCUCCUGUUGAUGGUGAUAGCGUAUGUCAGCCGGGCCGGGCUCCUCUCCUGGCAAUUCCAGAGAAUCCAUUUCUUCAUAGCUCUCUAUGUGGCCAGCGACAUGGAAGAGAACAACCAGGCCCCCAAGCAGGCCAUCGUUUCGUUCCUCUAUGGAAAGAACAGCUCGCAGCAUGCCUUGUUCCACAAACUGCGUUCCCAGUUCAUCCGUUCCAUGGGCUGGAAGACAUGGGUCACUCGGGAAGAGUGCGAGCAGAUCCAGGCUUUUGAUCCAGAGCUCUGGGUGUGGGGAAGAGAUCGCGCCCUCUUGCCCCAGAGGCCCCAGGACCACGCAGGCCUGAGGUCAUCGGCCUGCGCAAAGAUCACAGAGCCCAGGAGAGAUGAGGAUGUUCAACAAGAGGUCAAUCCAGACACUGACGACAGCCGUGAAGAAGGAAGGGAGAAGCCUCUUGUGCAGAUCAUCGAGAAGAAGCCAGCAUCUUCUAGAAUGAGCGGAGGCCAGUUUUCGUGUUAUACUCCUAGGAGCGGGGUGUGCUUCUAG